UCUGCAUCCUAAUUUGUGUCAUUCCAAGUUUCACUGUCAAAUGUGACCCAUCACUGUAAAACUUUGUGUACACAUUUGUCAUUUCAUAAUAGAACUAAAGAUGCGUCGAUUUGCCUUAUUUCUUACAUUGCUGCUACUCGUAUCCCUAAACUUGUCGCAUGGGCAACGGAACAACAGUGUCGCUCAUGGACGAAACCGAGUUAUCGCGACCCAGCUAAAUUCCAUUUUUCAAAGACCCCCGUCCCCAUCGUUCCAAAUGCCUACGUUUCCAGGGACGCCAGGGUUUGAUCCUGACCGUUCCACAACUACCCGACCCAUGGCCGCCCAAUGUCCAGCACUACCACCACAGCAAAUACCUAUGCCUCCACCAGUACAGCAGCCAAAUUGCGUAUCACGUCGUGAAUCCGCAUACUACUCCUCAGAAAUAGACGCUUUCGUGACAUCGAUACACAACGAAACGAGGCGAUUAGGUGUAUCAUUUAUGGAUCCGUUUGCUUCCGAAUUACAAACUGAGUUUAGAAACAUUCCGUCCAAAAUUUCAGAAAAAAUAUUAAAACUGACCAAGCAUAAGUUUAGCAGUGAGAAUUCCGAGUGGUCCUCGAGUGACGAAAGUGAGGAAAAUUCGAGAAGUUUUGACAAUUACGAAGGUCAAUCUCCUCCUCAAAACGAAGAAGACGAUAAUGAAUCAUGCAAACUCAUCACAAUUUCGAACAUGCUUCGGACACAUCCAGGAAUGAAUUAUAAGUUUUGGCUGAAAGGAUUCUACUAUAUUGUUCUUACGAGACCAGAACUAAGGAACAGUUUGGACUCUGACAAGCUGAAUACGUUGAGCGGUUUUUUCAUUGCGCCAAGCACGUCGGCUCAGAUGCCGCCGCCGCAAGCAUGUCCGGCACCACCUCCACUUCAACCAGGUUUUGAAUUUCCAAGCAUGACCUGCACCGGUCAGCAAGGUUACACCACGUCGAAGGAGGAAAACAACCUCUGGUAUUUUAGAGAAGAUCUGGGUCUCAACUUGUACCACGCGGCGUGGCAUUUGUUACACCCCUACGCAAAAGAGUGCAGUGGAGGAGGGACGUCAUGUCACGCAGAUCGGCGUGGUGAAUUAUUUUAUAAAUUUCAUAGAAACCUUCUGGCCAGGUAUGACACCGAGCGAAUGACGCAUGGUCUUCCACCUGUUAAGCCACUCCACUUAGGAAACGGUGCAGAAAUUAAUCCCGGUUACAGCCCAAAUUAUGAGACCUUUAUGGAUCGAAUGUCCGGAUCUGUUCUUCCUAAUGCACUUUCAUCAAGAGAGAAACCCGAAUUUUUGCCUUUGCUAAAUCAGAUAGAAAUAGUAGCCAGAACUGUUGAAAGUUAUGAUAAGGCUCGGACAAGAUCCGGCCGAAAUUCCGUUGACGAACUGGGAAAUCUUAUCGAGUCUUCAUCGCUAAGCCCGAACCAAGCAAGUUUUGGGCAGAUUCACAACCAAGGACACGUAAUUCUUGGAGCGAUUGGGUUAACGACUUCUAGCCUCAGGACAGUCAUUGCACAUACGGAAACUGCCUUGCGAGACCCAAUAUUUUACCAGUGGCAUCGCUAUGUUGAUUCCCUAUUUCAAAAACAUAAAAGCAAACUCGCUCCGUACCAAUUGAAUGGGGGGGAUUUCCCAUUAGCGUGGAAUUUAGUAAAUGUCGACGCAUUAUCUGUCAACACCCCAACAACAAGUGGGACCCCUAUUCCAGUCAAUACCUUAAACACAUUUUGGAAGGAGCGGACUUAUCAUGUAGCUCCCAACAAUCCGUACGCACAGUGCAGAAAGCAUUUGGACCAUGACGAUUUCACUUUCAACCUGAAAUUGACAAAUAAUUACGCGUCGGGUAUGACGAGCACCGUCCGGAUAUUCAUUGCGCCCAGAAAUGACCACAACGGAAAAACGUUGUCCCUUGAAAAGCAGCGUGAUUUCGUCUUUAUUUUAGACAUUUUUAACCAAUAUCUUCGUCCCGGAGAAAACGUGAUAACGCGAAAAUCAGCCUGGCUCUCGACCGCAGGCCCUCGAUGGGACGACAAAGACUUGUGGCGAAACCGGGGCAGUGAUUCCCCAUUUUUCUGCGGAUGUGGACAUCCUCACAAUUUGCUUCUGCCGAAAGGAAAAGAUUGCCAUGGCGGGGAAGAAUUUGAUUUAAUCGUGCUGGUUACGGACAGUGGGAAGUAUCCGUUCACCUAUAACGAACGGUCUGACGCGCAGUGUAUCAAUCCUCCCGUAGUUUGUGGGAUUGACGGCACGACGGAUAAAUAUCCCGACCUCGUGCUCCCAAUGGGGUAUCCGUUCGAUAGAAAAAUUUUGAAUGAAUAUCAAAAUCACCAUGUGUCUCUUUUAGCGGGAAAAAUUGGUAACAUGAUGGUCACCAAGAUCAAAAUUCUCCACCACGACGUUACCGUGCCGGAAGGCAAAUCUUGGCGUGAUAUCCGGCACGAAGAUGUCUCGACAAAUCCUAAAUGCCAGAAACCGGAGCCUAUCUCAUCUACGGAAACACCGAUUACGACGACACCUUCUGGGACAGAUUGCUGGUACUCUUAUGCUGGAAUUCAGUAUUGCUAUACUAUUCCGCCGGGCUAUGACUGCGAAUAUUUUUAUGGGCUGAAGUACUGUAAACCAUCAACGACCCUGACAACAACGCCAAGGCCACCUCAUGAAUGUUUUAUACAUCAAAAUAUGAUUCGACAUUGUCAUCCCCCACCAGAUGGGUACACUUGCGUCCAAUACGGUACUGAAAAAUAUUGUCGUCUUAUUUCAACCACCAGUUACACAACCACUGCAGCUCCGAUAGAAUGUUUUUAUGAUCACCAAAAUUUUCGACAUUGUCACGAUCCACCGCCGGAUUACUCUUGCAGGAAAAAUUAUUACGGGGUCAAGUACUGUUAUCCGCCGACAACUACGCCGAGACCAACUACCUCAGGAUGCACUUAUGAUUACUAUGGCGGACUGAACUGUGGUACGGGUAGUGGUGGAUAUAGCUAUCCGACCGGAAACGGGUAUUCCCAAUAUUCCCAGUAUAACUAUGGGACAGGAUAUGGACAAGGAACAAGAGGUGGUCAUGUGCACGGGUACAGGUCAGGGGGGCAUAAUCAUGGAUAAUCUGAAUAGUUAAUUAGACAGGAAGAAUCACAACUAAAUUUUGUUUUUAAUUCAUUAUUAAAAUGUCGUUGUCACUCUUUGGUGAAUAAAUUAAACAAGUAUAUUUUGUUCCCAAUA